UCGCUGAAUCCUGCCUCCGAUUCUCUGCAUCCUGCCUCCGAUUCGCUGCAUCCCUCCUCCGAUUCCCUGCAUCCCCCUCGACAUAUUCCCAGGCAAUUAAACGCAUGUGAACGCAGCAUCAUGGGGCGGCAAGGCAAUAGGAGGAAUCCUCACUCUCUCACAUGCUGCCCGAAAUGGUUCCUCCUUGCCAUUUUCGCGGUCGUGAUUGGCUUGAUGAUCGACCAAUCAAGGAGCAUGUUUCCCGCGGUUCAAGGGGGGACUGUGGAAGAAUUCUACUAUCACUGGCUAUCGAGGAAUGAACCAGGCCUCCGGGAUGCCCAGGCCAACGAUUUCUAUAACGAAAGAGAGAGAAAUUCGGGCUCUAUCCCCGUGGAGGUGCUGGUAGACGCUCUAACCAUUAGUAUCAACGUUCAUGGGAAGGAGGUGGUAAGGCAACACAAUGAGACGAUGCGGGUGGGCGUUAAGAAGUACACGACAGCCCACAGGGGCGUGCAUCUCGCCGUGCUUCAUCCCCACAGCGGCGCCCUCAUGCUGUACACCUUCUUCAGGACCUGUGAAGCCCGCGCCACAGAGGGCCUCGUCAACACCCUCAAGAGCAUACAGCCAGGCAGGAUCCUCGUCUUUGCAGCGCCGGGCGACUGGAGACAGCACUUGGACGACGAGACGAGUGAUUUCUUGAUCAAGUUCCUGAAGGGUUGGUGGGUGGGCGACGUGUGCUAUGGGGAGAUGUUUGUUGCUGUGCUCACGGUGGGCGGUCCCCUGUGGGCGGAGGGCGUGACAGAAAUUAAAAACAGUACGCAGGCUACAUCGAAGCCGCUGUGGCUGGCUGCUGAAGUACCUCGCGGCCCGGAAGACAGUGGGUGCGCGUGGUACGGGGACCCCAAACUGCACUCGCGAGCCGUAUUUUGUGAGACUUACGAAGGGUAUGGGGAACUCUGCGACUGUAACACCCGGGAUCCCAUCUCGCCCAUGGCAGCUCCGUCCCUGGAAACCAAGGAGCAGAUUCCAGUAGUGAUCGUCACGGCGCGUAAGCAAUACAAAGUGCUUAAACAGCUCCGGCAGCUUUGGUCGCAGGCGGGAGGAAAAACCACGCCCGUCCUCUUGUCGGUAGACGGAUGGCAGAAGGAAGCGCAUGACUUCGCGGGCGUGAUGGGCUUGCGGGCGGUUUUCCACAAUAACCCCGCUUCCGUGGGCGCCAAAAUCCGCAUCAAUGAACACAUCAAGUUCUCCAUCUACCACGCCUUCAGGAGCUUCCCGAAGGCCGAUAAGAUCAUUGUUCUCGAGGAUGACCUUAUACUGUCGCCGGACUUUAUCAGCUACUUCCACCAGACGGCGCCACUGCUGGAUGCCGACUGA